GAAAGGCAACACAUAAUCGUGUCAAACGGCACCAGUACCAGUUUGCGAUCAGCCAUGUAAACUACCGGCAACGAUGUAUUUUAAUGAAAAAUACGCGUAAAAGUGUCUGUCACUCAGUCACAAUUAGGUUUUUUUUCGACGCAACACAUACAGCUGAGCGCGCUCCACCAAGAUCAGUCAGUCAUUUGCUAGCAAGUUAGUAGCUGGCUUGCCUUGCUUGAACUUCAGGAUGAGUUUUUCUCGGGAGAAAAAGUUGUUGGAGAAAGCGAAAAGCAAAGCCCAAGACAGCAAUAACAUAAAAGAAGAGGCUAACAUCUGCAAUCAGCUUGGAGAGCUGCUUUCAAGAAACGGUGACUAUGAAGCUGCUAUUGAGGAGCACCAGCAGGAGUUGUCUUUGUCUGAAGUGUUAAACGACGUAAUUGGACGCGCCGUGGCAAAUCGUAAGAUCGGAGAGUGCUAUGCAGAGCUGGGGAACAUCGAGACUGCACUUAAACAUCAGCGCCUUCACCUGGACUUGGCUCGCUCUGUUGGAGAUCACACUGAGGAGCAGCGGGCGCUCGCCACAAUAGGACGGACUUACCUCUUCUGUUUCGAAUCUGACCAAUCGAGGAAAAGUCUCAAAGAAGCAGAAGAUGCUUUCAGAAAGAGCCUCAAUAUUGUAGAUGAUCUUCAAGGGACAGUACCAGAGCGAGAGAUUCAUGAAAUGAAAGCUCGACUUUUUCUCAAUCUUGGUUUGGUUUAUGACCACCUGGGAGAGCCCGAACGCUGCAGCGAGUUCAUCCGACGUAGUGUCUUCAUUGCAGAGAAGAGUGGGCUGCUCGAAGAUCUCUAUCGAGCAAAUUACAACCUGGGCAACAUCUUUUUCCGCAACGGCCAGCACUCCAACUCGGUGCGCUGCCUCGAGCAGGCCAAAGAAUGUGCCCGAAAGAUGAAGGACAAGUUCAGCGAAAGCGAGUGCUUCCACUGCAUCGGCAAGGUCCAGCUUUCUUUGGGUGAUUUUGUAGCUGCAAGACGAUCCCUUAAAAAAGCCCUCUUGUUGGGUUCACAGCAGCAACAGGACAAACAGGCAAUGAAGAAAAUGUUUAAAUAUGCCGACCGGGGUUUUAAGCUCGAAGAGGAGUUGGGGGAAAAUCAAGCCAGAAAACUAAGCUCCCAUGAGGCCAUAGGGCUGGCGGAACAGCUCGGAGAUCUCUACUGCAAGGUCGGCUGCUUUCACAAAGCCCUGGAUGCAUAUCGAGCUCAGCUUAAAGGAGCUGAGGAUUUGGGGAAGCCAGCACGCGAGUUGGCGGUCAUCCACGUGUCUCUGGCCGCCACCUUCACUGACCUACGGCGGCACAGCGAGGCCGUGCAUCACUACAAGCAGGAGCUGGCGUUACGGCAGGGCAGCCCGGCCGAGGAAUGUAGCACUUGGUUAAACAUCGCAGCGGCACAGGAGGAGAGUGGCAGUGCCACUGAGGAUCAGGACAGCGGCUAUAAUGCGGCGUUUCGCUGCGCUCAGAUGUGUGGGCAGGCCAGGUUACAGAAGCGUGUUUUGAGGCUAUGGUUGGCAGCCCAAAAGCGAAAGAGCUCGUCAGACGCAAAUGACACCGAAACUAGAUUGCUGGAGCUGUGUGCUUCUAAUGGUUGGACCCCAGAUGGGAGUGAUGGAGAGGAGGAUGGAGAGGAGGAAAUGGACUACAGUGAACCACUGGAUGAUAGUGAUGUUGCACUCUCAGACUCAGAUGACGACCUGGAGGGAUAUGACAAGAUGGUAUCCGGAAGGAGGAAAGCAGGACGGUGGAACAAGAGGAACGAGAAGGGUGAGACGUCCCUCCAUAGGGCAUGCAUAGACGGCAACUUGAAGCAAGUCCAGUACCUGGUAGAACAGGGCCACCCAGUGAACCCCAGAGACUACUGCGGCUGGACUCCCCUGCACGAGGCCUGCAACCACGGUCACUAUGACAUCGUGGCCGUGCUGCUGGACCACGGCGCCAACAUAAACGACCAGGGUGGCAACUUGUGUGAGGGCGUGACACCUCUCCAUGACGCCCUGACCUGCGGCAAUUUCCCGGUGGCCAGACUCCUGGUGGAACGAGGGGCCUCCAUCAACCUCCGCAACGCUAAAGGUGAUACUGCAAUGCACACACUCCGUCAUUGGCAGAGGACAUACAAAAAGGAGCUAGACCAUGAGGCCAAGCAAGAGUGUGCAGCUACAGAGCGACUUCUAAAGAAGGCGAUGUCAGGAGGAGCGCUCGUCGCUGCUCCCCCUCCCAAACCUUUCGACGCUCUGCAAGACAGCCAGCUGUUUGAUGCCGAAAACUCAGAACCACUUUCAUCCUCGGAAGGGGGUUGCGCCUCCAGUCAAGACUGGCCCAGCAGCAGCAAUCGGUUAGAGGCCAGUGCUUAUCCAAGCGUCAAGAAACGGCAGCUCGGCAGUUCAUCAAAGCAAUUCGGUGCCAGAGGGACCGAGGCCGCUCUUCUUUAUGGGAAUAAGAUCAGCUCUUCAGAUGACAGCGACUCCGACAGCCCUGUUAGUCCCCUACAUCCGGUCCGCCAAAGACUCUCAGUCCCAGCAGCUCAAUGUCAAAAAGAUCCAACUCCAAAUCAAGAGGCAAUUACCACCCCCGGCAUGGAAAGCGGACCAGAUCCACCUGCUUCCUUCGUCUUUGCCCAGGACGAGUACCAAAGUGCCAUUCGUGGUCUGGGUAGCGCUAAAACCCUCCUGCAAGGCCGCUCAACACAACCUCACACCCCCGUCAUGCCUGGCCUUUCAUCCAGCAGCAAAUCUGCUCUGGUUGCAGAGGAGGACUAUCUGGCUGAUGACUGGCUGGUGGAUGAUUUGGUGGAAAGUCAGCCCAAAAAGAAAAGGUUUCGACUUGAGCAAAAUGGAGCAUGGGAAGACAAAACUGUAUCUUCAACUGCGAGAGCGCCAAACUCUCAGAUGUCCUACAGGAGUUCUACACUUGUGCCAUGUAGUAAUAGGGGCCCCUCUGUGAAAAGAAACAACUCUGUGAAGCCUCAGCAGGUGAAAAUGACUCAGAUGCCCGGUAUGGUCCGUUUGGGCAGACGAGAGGUCAACAGGUCACAUAGCCCCACCCUGACAGAUGACGAAGCGAGACCUGAGACUCCUCCACCACCUCAUCCAAUUCACACGCAGCCUCUGACUCAGAGGCCGGCUGCGUCCACCCCUAUUUCACUGCCUCCGCCGAUAAGGAUGAGGGUCAGAGUUCAGGACGACAUCUUCCUCAUCCCAGUUCCGCAAAGCGAGGCCGAAUCUUGCACGGUUUCGUGGCUCUGUGACCAGGCAGCGCAACGUUACUACCACAAGUGUGGCUUGCUGCCUCGCCUGUCGCUGCAGAAAGAGGGCGCUCUGCUAUCCCCGCACGACCUUCUGUUGACUAUCCUGCACACCAAUGAGGAGGUGUUGGCUGAAGUGUUGUCUUGGGACCUCCCCCCUCUACAAGAGCGCUACAAGAAGGCAUGUGUCAGCCUGGCAGUGGAGGAAAAUAAGCGUGUCAGCCGGCUGUGCGAGGUGCAGGAUGGGAGCUCCUCUGUGUCGGCGUGCGGUCUCGGCUUGGCCGCGUCAUCCCUCGCCGCUCUCCUCCGUGCCCUCAAACUGCAGGACAGCCUCAUCGAGCUGCGCAUGUCAGGCAACCGCCUCGACGAUAAGCUCCUCGGCGAGCUGGUCGCCACCGCCGCCACCAUGCCUCGGCUCUGUGUGCUGGACAUUUCGUCCAAUCAGGUCACAGGAGUAGGGCUUGAGAAUGCAGCAAAAGCCUUAGAGGGACUCAACCAUCCUGCAUUUCCAUGUCUGAAGGAGUUGAACCUCAGCCUGAACCCGCUGGGUGACAGUAUAUCGGAGGCUCUGUCUUCACUGCUGUCCACCUGCCCGCUCUUGGCUGAGUUGUCUCUGCGCGGCUGUGGCCUGACAUCUCGCUUCCUGCAGCAGCAUCGCUUGCUGCUCGCCAGCGCUCUAACAGCCACAGGCCACCUGAAUUCAGUUUGUCUUUCCCACAAUGCACUGGGCUCCACCGGAUUUGAGCUUGUGCUGAAAACGCUGCCUCUGCACACGCUCACACAUUUGGACCUGUCUGCUGUGCGUAGAGGCACCACUGAUCACCCAGCGCUGGAGCACCUCACCGUCCUCCUGUCACAGGAGAACUGUUCACUAACACACCUCAGUCUGGCAGCUAAUGGGUUAACCGAUAGCAGUGCAGCGACCAUGGCCAGGUGUCUCUCUACAUAUCCGAACCUAGUAGAGUUGGACCUGUCAGGAAAUCCAUCCAUCACCUCAGUAGGAUUCCACAGCAUCCUCAGCGCCCUCCGAGAAGCGCGUCGCCCGUUGACGUUACUAAACCUUCAAGGUUGCCAGGUGUCAGGACCUUUGGAUAGCGAGGAUCUGGACACUUUGUCAGAGUUGGUCAAAGACCUGCGUCUUUGCUCUCAAGGCCUCAACAAGCUGGACCGGCAGGCUUUAAAGCAGAGCUGGAAAAGCCAUCAACCUCACGGUUAUUUUGUAGACCGAAAAGCGGCGUAUUUCCUCUCUACUACAACCUCCUCGUGACCUUACAGUAGCAGAUAUUUAGUGGAAUGCAGCAAUAUUUUAUCUCACAAUUCCCAUUUUGUGUGACUACUUACAUGUUUAACUUAUUUAUGUGAUUGUAUUUUUUAUAUAAAUGUUUAGUUUUAGAUGUGUACUUGUUAAAAAACCAAGGAAAACAAUUAAAGAGGCUCAAG